AUGCCUCCCAGAGUACAAUCUCUCCUCCGUGACGGUCCCUUGUUCACAGGAGGCCGAUCUUUGUUCUCUCAACAGAGAUUCUUUUCCCAAACUCGCCAUACCAGAGGUAAGGACGGUGCCAACAGCAGCAACAGCAACAGCAACAAGGCAAAGCUGACCCACGUCUCGUCAUCUGGAGAAGCACGAAUGGUUUCCAUAUCAGACAAGACGGUGACAUCACGCAUCGCCAAAGCCGCAUGCACAGUCCGAUUUUCCAAUGCUACGGCCAUCGGACUCAUCAGGGAUAGUCAGAUGAAAAAGGGCGAUGUCCUAGGCGUCGCGCGGAUCGCUGGCAUCAUGGCGUCAAAACGAACGCCGGACCUGAUCCCGCUAUGCCAUCCGAUAGCGCUCUCCAAGGCCACGGUUGAUCUCGACGUCACGGGUGACGACAGAGUCGAGAUCGCUGCUACGGUCACGUGCGACGGGAAGACUGGUGUGGAGAUGGAGGCGCUGACCGCGGCGUCUACGGCGGCAUUAACGGUCUACGAUAUGUGCAAGGCCGUGGAUAAGGGCAUGGUCAUUGAGGGGCUGAGAGUUGUGCUCAAGGAUGGGGGGAAGAGUGGGAGAUGGGAGAUGGAGUGA